CGUUGAUAUAGCAUUGCAUAUAAUAAGUACAGUCCAAUCGCUUUCCUUCCUAUGUUGUCGUCGUAUGCUCCGUCGUUUUCGGUAUCGGAUUCUCUUUGCCAUGCUGGCGGAGGUGCGAUGCUUCAUGCUAAGAGGCAUUCUCACUUCCAUCACCUUGGAUGUUACUUGUCAAAAGUCCGCCAGACCAUGAGUUAGAAACGUGUAUAUAAUCUCAAUCAAAUGUGCUCAUGAAUACCUUGAUCUACUUAGUUCUCAAUCCCGUGAAAAGUAUCAUCAGCAUCAAUAUACCAAUCCUAUUCACACACAAAAAAAGAAAACACCCACCAAGAAUCUCACAACCACAUUUCCCACUAACCAACAAUGUCCACAGACUACACCUCAAAGACAGUCCUCGUCACAGGCGCAGCCUCAGGCCUAGGCCUCUCUCUAACCCGCCACUUCCUCGCCGCCAACGCAAACGUCCUAGCCCUCGACAUCUCCGACGCCGCCCUCGCCUCCCUUCCCUCCAAAUUCGACGAUGACCACAGUCCGGACCUCCGCGCCCGCCUGCACCCCGUAAAAGCAGACAUCACCGAACCGGCCUCCGUCGCCGCUGCAAUCUCCUCUUGGGUCGACGGCGGCGAUGGCGGCCGUAGACUCGACGUCCUCUGUCCGAUGGCCAUGUGGGACCGCCAGAUCCUUGUCAACAUGACGGGCAGUUUUGUCACCUCGCAGCAUGCUAUUCAGCAGUUUCUAAAACAGGAGCUUGUUGAUGGGCAGAGGGGGGUUAUUUUGAAUGUUAUUAGUGCGGCGGGAGUUCACGGCGCGAGAGCAGGCGUCGCCUACACAGCCUCCAAACACGGCACAGUCGGCCUGACACGAAGCACAGCAGCCUUUUACGGUCCAAGAGGCAUCCGGUGCCUAGCCAUCAUGCCCGGCCCAAUGAUGACAAACAUGGCCAGGGACGAGGAACACAUUAAAGAGUUCCAUCCCGUGGGCCUCGCUAUGGUGGUGUCGACAUUCAACACCUGCCAAGGUGACCCGGCAAAGGGUGGCUGGGAUUUAGGAUGGUCGCCGCUGGAUCAGGUGUCCAAGACAGUGGUGAGCCUGUGUUCUGGCGGGAUGAACACCAUUAAUGGCGCGCUUGUGCCGACCGAUAUGGGCUGGACAUCGCUCUGA